AUGGUAGAAGCCGACAAGGCACCGCCGACGCCCAGGGUGAAGGACUCCUCGGGUCAUGACACUACACCAAUUGCCGGAGUGGAAGAGCAGGAUGUCGGUAACAAGAUCAGCGGUGAUCUGUCAGAGGAGCAGACAAUCGUGGGAGAGCACGAUGGCCACAAGAGAGAAGACGCAAUCUCAAUAGCACCAUCUCGAGCAUCGACGUCAUCCGACCAUUCCUCAAGCGAUCCAGAAGCAGCUUCACCAACUGCCAAGAACCGGCCGGUAACGCUAUCAAGAACGACAUCAGUCACACCAGACGCAGUUCUGGUCCCUCGAACGCAACGACGAGGGCUCCUAGCGAGAUUCACUCUGAUCCCCGAGGUCGAGAACCCGUAUCACUACACCAGGAAGACGAAAUGGUUCCUCACGUUCAUCGUGGCUUUCUGCGCCAUGGCAGCUCCGAUGGGGAGUGCGAUUGUCAUGCCUGUGCUUCAAGAGAUCUCAAUUGUGUUCGAUGCUACCCAUACGGUCGCGAACAUGAGCGUGGCGGUUUACAUGUUGAGCAUGGCUAUCUUUCCGCUGUGGUGGUCGAGCUUCAGUGAGCGGUUGGGGCGGAGGACGAUAUACAUUGCAUCGUUCAUCCUUUUUGUCGUCUUCGCGAUCCUGUCAGCAGUGUCGAAUAGCAUCGCGAUGCUCAUCGUUGUGCGGACGUUGUCAGGUGGCGCGGCAGCAUCUGUGCAAGCUGUCGGCGCCGGCUCGAUUGCAGAUAUCUGGGAGGUCAAAGAAAGAGGAAGAGCAAUGGGCAUUUUCUAUCUCGGUCCUCUAUGCGGCCCUCUAUUUGCCCCCAUCAUUGGCGGUGCCCUAGGUUCUGGGCUAGGAUGGCGAAGCACUCAAUGGUUCCUCGUCAUCUAUGGCGGCGCAACACUCAUAUUUAUCAUUUUCGCCCUUCCAGAAACCCUUGCUCGCAAGACUCCCCUGGCAGCAGCAUCCUCCCCGCCUUCCUCCGAGAAGACCAUCCGCCCCGACCUGGUCCGCACCUCCACCCGCGCCUCAACCGUCCAGAAGACCAAAACCUUCCUAACCCACAUGCGCCAAAUCUUCAUCGACCCGCUCCGUAUCCUCGCCUGGCUGCAAUACCCCCCCGUAGCACUCACCGUCUACUAUGCCAGCAUAACCUUCGGCGCCUUGUACAUCCUCAACAUCAGCAUCCAAUCUACCUUCUCCUCGGCGCCAUACAACUAUUCCACCCUCAUCGUCGGCCUGCUCUACAUCCCCAACUCCACCGGCUACCUGCUCGCCUCGCUCUUCGGCGGCCGCUGGAUCGACGCCAUCAUGCAUCGCGAAGCGCGCAAAGCUGGCCGCUACGACGCCCACGGCAAACUCAUUUUCCGCCCUGAAGACCGCAUGCGCGAGAACGCGUGGCUCGCCGCCAUCCUCUACCCCUCCGCACUGAUUCUCUACGGCUGGACCGCGCAAUUCCACGUCCACAUCGCCGUCCCCAUGAUUGCGAAUUUCUUCUUCGGCGUCGGCUCGAUGCUGAUUUUCGCGCUCGUCAACACCAUGCUGACGGAAUUCAUGCCCAAGCGCGCGGCGAGCGGGAUUGCGCUGAAUAACUUUGUGCGCAAUAUUUUUAGCUUCACGGGGGCGGUGGUUGCGGAUCCGGCGAUCAAGGGCGUCGGGAAUGGUUGGUUGAUGACGAUACUGGGGGUGUGGAGUUUGGUCACGGGGUGUGCGGCGCUGUGGGCGAUGAGGAGGUGGGGAGGCAGGUGGAGGGGGAGGAUGGUGGAGGCGCUGGGAUAA